UACAAUGUGGCAGAUGUGCGAUCACUUGAUGUGUGGCAGUUGCCGCGGGCCGCGAGUCGCGACUGGCCCGACGCUACACCAGACCUCCAGCAGCAGCCAAUGCGAGUGCGCCAAUAACGUAUAACUACUUAUAUUUGUAACAGCAUCAUUGAUGACAUUUGAGCAUUUGCGGCAAGCAGCGCCGAGAAUCAAGAUAGUGAUUAUAACCUCAAUGUGCGUAUGUAAGCCGAUUACUGGCGGUAUUUAUUAUCGUCAAGAUUUGUACAAGUAACUGCGGUAAUAUAGAAGGCUUGAUCGCUACCUUGAUCGAAAAAUAAACAAUCGACACGAUGGUUUCUGUGCUAAAUACGGUGGACACCGGCCACGAGGACAUGAUCCACGACGCGGAAAUGGAUUAUUAUGGACUGAGGUUAGCUACGUGUUCCAGUGAUCAUUCAGUAAAAAUCUUUGAUUUAAAAAAUGGAUCGCCAAGUUUGGUCGCCGAGUUGAAGGGUCAUCAAGGGCCUGUCUGGCAAAUCGCUUGGGCCCAUCCCAAGUAUGGUAAUCUACUUGCGUCUUGCAGUUACGACAGAAAAGUCAUCAUAUGGAAAGAACUCAGCGAGUGGACAAAAAUUUACGAGCACACGGUUCACGAUUCCUCGGUCAAUUCUAUUGCUUGGGCACCACAUGAAAUUGGACUCAUCCUUGCUUGCGGUAGUUCUGAUGGUUCCAUUUCUAUUCUAAUCAACAAUGGAGAUAACUGGGAAACACAAAAGAUCCCAAAUGCACACACCAUUGGUUGCAACGCCGUAUCCUGGUGUCCUGUGAUAGAGCCCAUCUUGGACAAUGCUUCACAGCAGCAGAAAGCACCAGUCAAGAGAUUGGCCUCUGCUGGUUGUGACAAUAUUGUCAAGAUUUGGAAGGAGGAGGGUGACAAAUGGAUUGAGGAAACUAAAUUGGAGGCUCACAGCGACUGGGUACGUGAUGUCGCGUGGGCUCCGGCAGUCGGACCACCAAGAGCAGCGCUCGCCUCCUGUUCCCAAGAUCGCCGAGUAAUAGUCUGGACCUCGACGGAUUACGCCAGCUGGACGCCAAACAUUCUCAACGUCUUCGACGAUGUCGUGUGGAACGUCAGCUGGUCUCUAACUGGCGGAAUUCUCGCGGUCAGUGGCGGUGAUAACCAAGUGUCCUUGUGGCGUGAGAACACGGAGGGCCAAUGGAUUUGCAUAUCUGAACUCAACAAGGGUCAAGGAAACAUCAACAAUACCGACCAACGCGCUCUUUAAAAGCCCUUAAUAAAGGCUGGGAAUAAAGAACUGGUUUAUAAAUUCAAACGUUUAAGUAAUUUGGUUUAAUACAAGUUUAUAUAUAUUAUUGAAAA